CUGAGGCUGGUCAGAACAGUAUUUAAAGGGUCACCUCUCCCAGCUUCAGUAGGCUCUGACCAUCACAGAGAAGAUCCUUCACUCACCUCUCAACAGGGAAGACCCUUCACUCUCACCUCUCAACAGGGAAGACCCUUCACUCUCACCUCUCAACAGGGAAGACCAUUCACUCUCACCUCUCAACAGGGAAGACCCUUCACUCUCACCUCUCAACAGGGAAGACCAUUCACUCUCACCUCUCAACAGGGAAGACCCUUCACUCUCACCUCUCAACUCAACGUCCACUUGUCUUACUCUCCAGAGCAUUUCCCCUGGACUGCCAUGAUGAUGAGAAUGAAGCUGACCUUCAUUUUGGCCAUCUUACUUUUUCAACUGACCAUCUCCGUUAAAGGAGGGGGGAGUAAGUCUAGGACAGCUCAACAUGGGGUUAAACAGGGGAGUAUGUCUACGACAGCUCAACAGGGGGCUAAACAGUUUGAUUUUGGGGAUAUCAUCAAAUUUAAACGGAAGAUCGGUCCUGUUUCAUUUAACCACUAUGUUAUUUAUGUGGACGAUCAAGAUAUCGAAGGUAAACUUCCUGGACAGGAUAUUUUUCACUUCUCAGGUGAAAUUAAUAACAAACAAUAUGCAGAUUGUGUGUUUGGCAAACUGGAGGAAGUUACAGAAGACAGCACCGCUGAGAAACAAAAUUAUAGGGAUUAUGAAGACGAAGUGAUGAAUUACCAAGACAUGGUUAACAAAAUUACAACUUUUCACAAAAACUGUCAAAGACAAUACAGAGUUGUAUCUGCUAAUUGUGAGCAUCUUGUGACAGUUAUUCGCUAUGGUUCUGCAACCUGCAGGCAGGAAGAUACCAAUGCCUUCACCAAAUGUCUGGCUAAAUAUUUAUGCAAUAUAACAUCGACCCUAUUUCCACUUAAGGAAAAUAAGAGGGGGCUUGACAGAAGAGGUCUUGGUCUCCUGCGUGAUGAAAUCCACGCCAACCAGGGUGCACCAGCUGCUUGAAUUCUAAACUUCGGAUAUGUUCUCUCUCUCUUCCAUCCUCUCUGUCUCUGUAUGAAGUGAGGUCUAAACCUCUCAGAUGUUCUCUCUCUCUUCCAUCCUCUCUGUCUCUGUAUGAAGUGAGUUCUAAACCUCUCAGAUGUUCUCUCUCUUCCAUCCUCUCUGUCUCUGUAUGAAGUGAGGUCUAAACCUCUCAGAUGUUCUCUCUCUCUUCCAUCCUCUCUGUCUCUGUAUGAAGUGAGUUCUAAACCUCUCAGAUGUUCUCUCUCUCUUCCAUCCUCUCUGUAUGACAUGAGGUCUAAACCUCUCAGAUGUUCUCUCUCUUCCAUCCUCUCUGUCUCUGUAUGAAGUGAGGUCUAAACCUCUCAGAUGUUCUCUCUCUCUUCCAUCCUCUCUGUCUCUGUAUGAAGUGAGGUCUAAACCUCUCAGAUGUUCUCUCUCUCUUCCAUCCUCUCUGUCUCUGUAUGAAGUGAGGUCUUCAUAAUAAUAAAACAUGAGCAAGAA